CACAUGUUCAUUGAGUCAUAGAUACAGUGAGUGUGUGCGGAACUACACACAGACUUUAACCUCACAUUUACUGCAGAUUCAUUAAACAAUCUCCUGCGUGUUUAUUAACAUGGCUCACUAUGAGGAAGUCAGUGUCCGCGGUUAUGAAGAAUUUUGUCAAGCCGUGGCUGAGAGAAAGGGAAAAGACGUUUUUGUGUACUUCAGUGGUGAUAAAGAUGAGCAAGGGGAAAGCUGGUGUCCAGACUGUGUGAAAGCUGAGCCUGUGGUUCGAGGGCAAAUGGCUCAUCUUCCUGAAGGCUCAGUCUUCAUUUACUGUCAAGUCGGAGACCGGCCAUACUGGAAAGAUCCAAGCAAUGAUUUUAAGAAGACUCUGAGACUGACCGGAGUUCCUACUCUCCUACGCUACGGCACACCUCAGAAGCUGGUGGAGGAGCAGUGUUUCAGUACGGACCUGGUGCGCAUGAUGUUCACAGAAGAUUAGUGCUAUGUUAAUGCCUGGUGUUUUAUUUACACAUAAUGACAAAACCAAUUUAUUUGAUUUCACAUUGUUAUUUUUUCAGUGUUGUUAUAAUAUGACAUAAUAUAACAUAAUAUGAUGUUCACUGUAGUUUUCACGAAAUAGUAAUGCAACCAUAGGAUGUCAUUGUUGUAACUGUGCACAAAAUUAAAUGCUUAUAAACAUGUCA